AUGCUUCCUCCUUUGGCGGACUAUGUGGAACUGCCGACAAUUUAUCAGGCUUGUUCUACAGUUCGACGCGCUCGCAUCUUCUUUUUCGGGAAACGCUUCAACUCCAUCAUUGCAAUCCAGCCAGGGGAGGUUCCUAUGGAUGUUGCGUCAACUGCAUACGACAAUGACAGGUUCGGCUGCCAAGUGUUGCCUGCAGUGCCGUUUGACAGGACUUUGCGAACGCUGAUGUUUCUAUCGGUGCCAUUCUUUCCAUCUGGCAAUCAAAGAAUUUACUUUUGUUUGUUUGAGAUUGGUUUUUCCGGCGUUGACGAUGGAAUUGUCGUUCCUUUUCUGCCGUAUCCGAGUUGGGAAGGCAUCUGGUCUUACCUCCAGAUUGCCUACGGAUAUGUGAAGCCAGUCAGCAGCAGAUUUCGCAUCGAAGUUGGAGAAUGUACAUUCGAAGAAUGCGACGAUAUUUCCUGGAUUCCGAACUGCUGCCUUGCACGCAUUACGAGUCAUGAAGAUUCCCCACAAAUUGCUUUACCUCCCUGGCACGGGUCUGACCUGCGCUGGCCACGAACUGAAGAACUUUUUGUUCGCUUGUAUCAAUGCGAAGCCAUGAUGCAGAAAAUUGCGUUGUGCAGAAGCCGACAACGUUGCGCAGCCUGCGGCAGAACGAAGAACCCUAAUUUCGAUUGCAUUGCAUACAUGACCAAGGCCAAGCAAGGAUCUUUAGGUGAGGCUUGUGGCGUCCAGUGUGCCGAUAUUUCGCACGUGGUGAGAGUCAACAAGGGCAGCAGCACCUUGUCGCACGAAAUAUCCGUGCCUUUGUGCAUCCAUCCGAUGCUCAUCACUUUAUUUCUUGGUGCUGUUCACGCAAAUGGACACGAGCAUGUAAAUUUCGAGCUUCUCCCAGGCUCCACUAUCGAAAAACCUAUCUGGAAGGAGGCAGCAACCGUCGGUGGGUUCAGUGUCAUCCAAGGCCUGUCGGGCGACCCUCCGCCUGUGAAGGACAAUGCGCCCGAGCAUAGUUCGGAUUAUCUGGGAGGAAGCCUUCCACUGGACAUCAUGCGAGAUCUAACUUUGUUUUACUUUUCGCCUUCACAUUUGCAGGUUCUGGCAGCGACAUGUCCAACACUGAGGGACAUUGUCAGGGACGUACGUCGAUGGCGGAACCGAGUGAUCUAUCUGGAUGACGCUGAGUUUCACGAUCGCUCGGUCUUGAAUUCCAUCUUGCCAGUCUGCAGCAUCGCAAGUGCUGUGACAGUUCGAUGCAGACAGCUUUGUCUUUUCACGACGAUGCCGAACAAUGUCUAUGUCAGUGCUCCACUCGAACGCAUUCACAUACCUCCCGGCGCCGGCACUACCAUGUGCGGCUUCCGUUCCGCAGGACCGCUCAUGGGAAGAGCCAUCUUCGACGUCGUGCUGCCGCCUUCUGUGUGCGGACUCUACUUGGGUGUCCGCGAGUGGAGAGGUGCGCUCUACCGAGAUAUUGGCAAUGUGCCGCCUCGCGCCGACUCAUUUUUUUCUGCCUUGACUGUCUUGAGACAGGAGAAUGCUCCGUAUUUGCCUGCAGACACGCACGACGGCUGCAGUGUGCCGCCGCAGAGCAGCCUCACAUCGAAGUCACACAUGGUCGUGGACAGGAACACAGUGGACAUGCUGCACCAGCGUCAAGACGUAAUUCUUUACCACUACAUCCACGCUCACGCGCAGAAACUUGCAUCUGAGCAAAGACCGUCCAUCGAUGUCAGCUUCGCCACAGGUUGGUGGGAGCGGCCACUUCCUGACCUUGUGGGAAGCGUACUUGGCCUGACCAAACCGAGACAUCCGAUAUUUGUACUUCCCGCAGUAACUACUUUGAUUCAUUCCUACGCGCAAGAGUUCGAGCCGGAUGUUGCAAUAGAGAAAAUGAAAAGCAGCAGGAACUGGCCGCGCCCGGAGUACAUGAUCAGCGAGUACAACGUCGGAAUCAUCAGAGCCCUGCUCAGUGCAUGCUCGCAGGAUGUAGUUGGUAGCCUGAUGGAAAUGCUGGAAAACGCAGCCACUACGAAGGAACAGCUCUGCCAAGAGGGCAUCGUGAGUACACUUAUGUCCGGCAGACGUCCAGAAAGAAUUGCUAGCAAAACUUCUGGUCCGGAUUUGGAGCAGUUCGAGUCGGAUCAGGACGAGCAGCACGAGCCGGACAUCGAGAAUGACCCCGCACUGUUGCCCUCGGUGGACGGCAAACACGCGAAGCAGUCUGAAUCUGCUGCGCGUGAACUGCCGUCGACAAUUCCAUUUGAUGUUGUUCUUCCCAGUAAGCGUGAAUCGCAGCCAGAUUCACACGCGAUUCGACCACUACGACCAACAGGCACCAUCACGGAUCUCGUGGAGGCUGUCGAAGACGAGGAAGAAGAAGUCCCGCAGGCAUCAUCCGUGCUGGACGCUUAUGAGCCAGAUGUACGACAAGGCAACUACAUCAGAGUGCAUACGGAUUCCAGUCUGAACACUUUGACAGCGAGAUUUCCCAAUGCAAGCGAGAAUUUGCGCCGAAUCAUAUUCGUUGCUGCAUCGAUGGCGUCAGGCAGAAUACCGGAAAAACCUAUGCUGGCGGACGUGGCUGCGCUUGCGUGGAUGAUUGAAGGCGGACGACAUAUCCGGGUACACAAAGGUUUUCUCUACAUUUACAACGACGACGGAAGCUUCCUGCCCUUCACUGGCAUACCUUCCCAGGCAGUUCUGCACCGUGUCUCCUUUUUCUUCAACGUUCUGGAGGGUGUUUUUCGCAGACUGCGAGACACGGUGCGCAAAGAAGCAGAUGCGCUCGCCAAUGCCAUUAUGGCAGAUCGUCAAAAUUUCGCUUCUGAUGAUGACUUCUUUGCUUCCUGUACAAGUGCUGCGGCGCGACGCCCGGGCAACAUCGACGUCGACGCCAGACUUGACAAUCCGGAAGGAGAGGACGGCGACCUGGAUCAUAUGCAAGAGAACAAUAACGGCGGAAGCUCAAGUUCUUGGACGCAGGCAAUCAAGGAGUCGCUCAAUAAGCUGAAUUCCCAUGAAAAUACAAUCAACAAGCUGGCUGCGGUGUCUGAACCUGUGCGUCGACAAAAGCGAAGACUUAUGGGCAAGACUUCCGAAGAAAAGCAACUUGCUGAUGAUGCAAGUCCAACUCGUGUGAGCAAGGAAGUGCAAUACCACUAUUCGAAUGAUCUUCAGUUUUCCGUGCGAGCAAGGAGGUACUCAGAAGCCUAUGCUGCUCAAAGCAUGUCUCGAAGACUACAGUCCCAGGUUGUAGAGGGUCACACUGUCGAUUUGGAUAUUUGCAACUGCUGCGUGUCCAUUGUUCAUCAGGUAAUAGCAAAACUUCAACCGACACCCGCUUUGCCGACUGACUUGCAGACGUUUCUCGACGAUCUGGCUCGCAGUAGACAAACUGUCAUUCGGCGUCUGGGCCUCACUACGUCGCAAGGGAAGCAGCUGAUCAACAAGAUGCUGAACGGCGGGGCCGCGCCGGACAGCCUGAAAGACAACGAAGACAUCAAGAAACUUCAAAGGCUGUCUUUGUAUUUGAGAUGGAUCGCUUGCAAUGUGCUGCAUGCUGAUUACUUGUCUCUGGCAGAUGUGGCAAGCAAAACUUACCCCAGUGCAACCAUAUUCAGUCUCAUGUGGACAUGUAUUGAAGAUUGGAUACUGGAUGUUUGGACAUCUCAUAUUUCCCAUGCGAGGCCAGCUCAUAUAUCUUUGCAUUUUGAUGGUGUGCGCGUCAGCGCGGAUGUCGCGCCCGACUUGGGUGAAUUCAUUGAUGGCUGUCGGAAACACAUUCUCGACGUCACUGGCUUUGACGUCGAGAUCGCUAGAAAGCAGCCGCAGACUGUUUUCCAGUGUAUCCGUGACGCGGUCAAGUCUGACGCGGGUGCUCGUCAGGUUCCGGAUCUUUUGUGCCGAGAAGGACACUGUAUUCCUUGCGCCAUGUGGCAUGCAUUUGGCGGCAUUAGAUCCGGAGUUGAAACAUUGGUGAAGAAGAUGCAAGAAGAAGCAACCGAACACCAGCCAAGAUAUCUCAAGUAUGGUGCGCUUGCCGACGAUCUAGGGAUUUCCUUGUGCAGCUGUGCGGGACUGCCUCCGGACCACGUGAAGACUUUCCUUUUGCAUGCAGAAAACAACGGCAGACCACACUGUGUUGCAGCGCAAAUGAAUACUGAUGGCAGUCAGGUGUCAGUCUUCGACGGCUCGAAGCUGUAUAAGCUGGGGAUCGAAGAUUUCAAAAACGCUGUAAGCGCAGGCACCGACACAAGCACCGUUGCUUGUUUCUGGCAGAAGAAGCACCAGGACAAGCAAGAAAUGCAAGUCGUUUUACUUCAGUUGGAGGCCGGUGCCAGCAGUGAUGAUGAGUCCUGCAGCCAGCACUCUGAGUCUAACUCGCAGACUCGAUCCGCGACAUUCUGGGUGGAGGAAGACGGACUGGCGAGUCAAGAGCUUGGCAGCUAG